UAACCCCUAAAUAUCUUCUUUUAUAAGGCCCAUUAAGAAAGAUUAUCCCUGGGUGCCUCGCAGAAAAAACAUUUUAGUCAACUUCCAAUUUGGCCUAUAAGAAAAUAUCCAAAUUCUAGGUGGCAUUUAUGAUUUGGGGACUUCUGAAAGUUUUGUCGUUAGAAAAGAGAAGGAUAAGGGUGUGGGGUAUGCAUUGAAGUCGGAGGGGGGGUGGGGAAUUUGGAUGGAACCUUAUUUCCUUUAGCUGGCAAAAUCUAAACCUCAUUAUCGCAACUGUAAUAACUAAAAACACUCUUUAACUUUCUAUUUUCUGCUAAAAAUCAUCUACCCCGCUCGUAUCUCAAUUCCCUCGGUUCGUCUGCAAAUCUCUCUCUCUCAAUCUAGAGGAUGAGAUUCAGUUUUCAUGUAUCAAGAAAAUCAAUAAUGAACAGAUAAUUCACUUUUCUGAGUUCUUUGUAUCCUCAAUACUUGUUUAUGUUCAUGCAUCAAGAACAGAAGAAGAAGAAGAAGAAAGGAAGGAAAGAGCAAGAGGAGUGAAGAAUUCUCCUCUUGGGUGGAAUGGAAGGAUUGGAAGGGAUAAUAGAGAGGCUGUUGGAAGGAAAGAAUAACAGAGGGAAACGCAUUCAGCUUACUGAAUCUGAAAUCAGAAACCUUUGUCUCACUGCCAAACAAGUCUUCCUUGCUCAGCCUGUUCUUCUUGAAAUACAAGCUCCCAUCAACAUCUGUGGUGACAUACACGGCCAAUAUCCAGAUCUCUUGCGGCUGUUCGAGUAUGGUGGAUUUCCACCAGAUUCCAGCUAUCUAUUUUUAGGAGAUUAUGUAGAUAGAGGAAAACAAAGUAUAGAAACUAUAUGCCUUCUUCUAGCUUACAAGAUCAAGUUCCCAGAAAAAUUUUUCCUCCUACGAGGGAACCAUGAAUGUGCUUCAAUCAACAGAAUAUAUGGAUUCUAUGAUGAGUGCAAGCGCCGGUUCAAUGUCCGUCUAUGGAAAACUUUUACUGAAUGCUUCAAUUGUUUACCAGUAGCUGCAGUGGUGGACGAGAAAAUCCUCUGCAUGCAUGGUGGUCUCUCACCAGAAAUGGAGAACUUGAAUCAGAUCAGAGCCAUAGAACGGCCGGUUGAUGUGCCGGACCAGGGCCUUUUGUGUGACCUCCUAUGGGCUGAUCCUGAUAGAGACAUCAAAGGAUGGGGUGACAACGAUAGAGGUGUCUCCUAUACAUUUGGAGCUGAUAAAGUUGCUGAAGUUUUGAAAAAAAAUGAUCUCGAUCUCAUAUGCCGAGCUCACCAGGUAGUUGAAGAUGGAUAUGAAUUCUUCGCAGACAGGCAGCUGGUGACCAUAUUCUCAGCGCCAAACUACUGUGGAGAGUUUAACAAUGCAGGUGCGCUAAUGCGCGUUGAUGAAAGCUUGCUCUGCUCUUUUCAGAUUCUGAAGCCCUGUAAAGGAAAAGGACAAUUGGAAUAGUUUCCAAGCGAAAGUGAGGCAUCUCUCGUUUGCCAUUGUCAAAUUAGCUUGGAACUCAUGCCUGUUUUUGACAUGUAAAAUAUUCAGCUUCCAAUUGAAAACAAGCCUUAUCAUAGGAUAAUUGUUGAAAUUGAGAUAUUAUCACAAAGAAAACUCUGUGCAUAAUACCUUAACCUUGUAGG